AUGCGCACGCAACCAUGGCAUGGCCUAGCGGCCAUUGCUACCAUCGGCAGUUGCGUUAUUGCAAGUCCUCUUGCACCCUGGGAACUGCGUGGAAAUGCAAGCAUGCCAUCUGCACACUUGAUGGGCAUAAGAAGUACAGACGAAUUUGAUCCGGCCGAACUUUCUCACAUAACAAAGCUGGCUGCUAUCGGCGACUCCUAUUCGGCCGGAAUAGGUGCUGGAAGUCGACUUGGAAAUAUUGGCGAAGCGCUCAACUCGAAGAGUAUCAUCUCCGAUGUCAUCAACGACCAGAUCCCUAAUCUCAAUGGGGACCAGCAAGUCAUCUUGCUAUCAGCCGGCGGUAACGAUGCUGAACUCUCCAACAUCCUGAAUCAGUGCAUUUAUCAAUGGGCCGUAUUGAACCCCACCCAGGUCUUAGUAGCCAAGGCCGCUGCUCUUGCCAACUUGGAAUAUGGUUGGAUGGCGGAUAUCGAUUGGGAUGCAUUGGCCCGUGGCUGCGAUGGGCAGUUGGAACAUACAAAUCGUCUCAUUAAUGGGGAUGCCUUCAGCAAGAGCUUGGACAACGUCAUUGCGGCGGCAAAGAAAAAGCUAGGAUCAAAUGGUAUGAUCUACUACACUGGUUAUGCCAAAUUCUGGGCCGAAGAUCUAUCACCUGCGUGCGAUAAGGUUAGCUGGUCAACCUGGAUUCAUGAUACAGAGACACUGACAAGUGCUCAUCGCAAAACAAUGAAUGAUCUUGUGGACUCCGUCAAUGAGAAGAUUUCGUCUGCAGUAGAAAGAGCUGGCGCGCAGGUCAAAUUUGUCGAUUAUGACUCUUAUGUUGGCUAUUUCAACGGCCGAUUUUGUGAGGCCGGUGUCGAUGAAUCGACGUCAGAUAGCAACACAAGAGAGGGUCUAAUGUUCUACGAGCUAAACACAUGGGAUCCCCUCGGCUCUAAUCCUCACAAACGAAGCCAAGACCGUCCCCUAGAGGGAACGUUUGAGGGGUCUGUGAAUGAAUAUGCGGAGAUUACCAAACUCCUCGAUCCGGACGCUCAGUUUUCCAAACAGACCUCGGUGUCCGACGAUACUACUGAUAUGACUCUUGUGGAGUCGAAACUAUCUCUCAGUGCUGUGUCCGAAUCUUCUGAUAUCGAAGUUCCGAAUGUGCUGCCAGACGGAUAUGGACGUGUUUUCCAUCCCCAAAUUCAGCUUCAUGAGCUUAUUGCCAAUUUAGUCGUCUAUGAGAUGACCAACAAGAAUGAGUUGGACAAUGGGUAUCCAGAAAUUCCAGAGAAAUUCACUUUCGACUCAUGCCCUUGGACACCUGCAGACGUCGACGAUGACGAAUCAAUGGAUGCAGGAGGCCAACAGAUUGCUUUGGCAUCGUACAUCAAUCCAUUAUCUGAUCCCACUGCAUGGACUCGGAUGAUCGACUACCCAUCCGACAAGGUGACCGUUCUGGUUGCAAACGUCCUCAACGGACCGGAUACGACUGUGGAUGAGGAUUGGGAGAAGGUCAUCUCCCGGGCCAAUGCAGCGGGUAAACGAGUUCUCGGCUAUGUGCGCACAGGAUAUCUUGGCCUGAGCCAGGAUCAAUUCCAGACUCGACUGGGUUCGAGCGGUCUGGCCGACUGGGUCUCACAGAUCCAGACCGAUGUCGACUUGUGGUACACGUUAUACCCUGGCAUGAUUGGCGGUAUAUUCUUUGACGAAGGGUGGAACCAAUGCGGCGACGACAAUGUAUAUUCAGAUCUGUAUCGCUUUAUUACUGACUAUACGAAGCGCAUGCACCCGGGCGCCUUUACCGUCCUCAAUCCCGGGGCUACAAUGCCACAAUGCUUCGAGCAUAGCGCCGACACACUCAUGACUUUCGAGAACAGCUACGAUACAUACAUGAACAACUACUCACCUAACCCUGACUGGAUACCUAGCGAUCCGCGGAAGCUCUGGCAUAUUAUCUACAAUGUCCCCUCAGACAGUGUGGGCAAGGUUGCAGAGCUGGCCCUGGAGCGCGGAGCUGGCCUGAUCCAUAUCACCAACGACAACCUCCCCAAUCCGUACGAUACCCUCCCUGAUGAUGACUACAUGCAGGUCAUCAUGAGCGCCCUUGAAGGUGGCAAGCCGGCCAUUUCCAGUCCCACCGCGUAUGAAAAGAACGGCCAGUCUGCAUCUGCUCCCAGUUCAUUAGCAGUGACCGCCUCAGAUUACUCCUCCGUGAGUCUGAGCUGGGGAACUAGCUCACCUGCUCCCUAUGCGUACUCAAUCUAUCAGAAUGGGAAAGAAGUGGCCCGUCUACCAGGCAGCAUGACCAAGGUUACCAUCGGCAACAUCGAUCACGGUACCUCCACUACCUUCACCGUGAAGGCUAUCGGGUCUGGGGGGAGCGCGUCGGGUGAUUCAAACUCGGUCGAGGCAACGACGCUUGAGUUGCCGGACAACCAGCCCGUCACCAACGUGAAGAGCAGCUCGACCGCUACAAAAACUACGGUCCAGGCCGAUAUCCUAAUUCCCUUUGCUUUCCAACGCGUCUUCUUAACCGACCCGGACACCGCCUGCGAGAUGCCGGCGUGGCCCAUCAACUACAAUCUCGGCAAUUACAUUUGCACACACUACAUGGUUGAGAGUGGAACUCUGUUCAAAUACAGUGGUGCCGAAUUGCCGGCCGGACAGACCAAUUACCCCUGGGCGUGGACCUCGAUGGGCACUGUCCCCGUCUCUCGGAGUGGCUACACCUGGACGUGGGAGCUUCCCAUCGGAUCUGAUACUGUCGACACGAAUUACUUUGUCGUUGAGGCACAGGGAUAUGGACCCCUGACCAAUGUCUUCCACCCAUGCCCCAGUACCUGGGACGAUGCCACCCUCAGCAGCGGAGCCUACUGCACGGGCAAUUCACCGUACGAUUGUAAAGGCGCGACGCUAUGCAGUACUUUGAAUGUCAAGUGGUGCGACAAGGCUGUCAACCAGAUGAAUCGUGGUUCGACACUCUAUACUGCCAACGCAGAGGCCCUCGCGCUGUCUGGUAACUGCUGGGCCAAUUGGGAGCAGUUCGGCUGCUCGGUGAAGAUCCGUGGCAAGGACGAGAACGGAAAGGACUGUACAAUUACCGGCGAUGAGAUGUGGGAGGCCUAUCAAGAUAUCCGCAAGAUUGGCGGAUGCAAAAAGUGUGGCAGCAAGCACUUUGGGAAUGGCUGUCUGGUCAGCGUAGAUUACUAUUAUGGAUGUGAUAAUCGGGAUUCUGGAGUAAACGCGAUAGACGUUUGA